CCCCACCACCGGAAUCAUCCCGCUGUCCCCUCAUAAUAACCUUCCUCCAACCAACCCACCAUGAAGGCUCUCAUUCUUGUCGGAGGGUUUGGAACCCGUCUGCGACCUUUGACAUUGACCCUCCCCAAACCUCUGGUCGAGUUCGGCAAUCGUCCCAUGAUCCUCCACCAAGUCGAAAGUCUGGCCGCCGCCGGAGUAACGGAUAUUGUCCUGGCCGUCAACUACCGCCCCGACGUGAUGGUGGCGGCCCUCAAGAAGUACGAGGAGCAAUACAAUGUUCGCAUUGAGUUCUCCGUCGAGACGGAACCGCUGGGCACGGCUGGUCCGCUGAAGCUGGCGGAGAAGAUCCUUGGCAAGGACGACUCGCCCUUCUUCGUGUUGAACUCGGAUAUCAUCUGCGACUUCCCCUUCAAGCAGCUGGCCCAAUUCCACAAGAACCACGGCGACGAGGGCACCAUCGUCGUCACCAAGGUCGACGAGCCCUCCAAGUACGGUGUCGUCGUCCACAAGCCCAACCACGCCUCGCGCAUCGACCGCUUCGUCGAGAAGCCCGUCGAGUUCGUCGGCAACCGCAUCAACGCCGGCAUCUACAUCCUGAACCCCAGUGUGUUGAACCGCAUCGAACUGCGCCCCACUUCCAUCGAACAAGAGACCUUCCCCGCCAUCUGCAACGACGGCCAGCUGCACUCCUUCGACCUGGAGGGCUUCUGGAUGGACGUCGGUCAGCCCAAGGACUUCCUCACGGGCACCUGCCUCUACCUCACCUCGCUCGCCAAGCGCAACUCCAAGCUCCUCGCCCCUCACUCCGAGUCCUACGUCUACGGCGGCAACGUCAUGGUCGAUCCGUCGGCCAAGAUCGGCAAGAACUGCCGCGUCGGCCCCAACGUGGUCAUCGGCCCCAACGUGGUGGUCGGGGACGGAGUGCGUCUGCAGCGCUGUGUGUUGUUGGAGAACAGCAAGGUCAAGGAUCAUGCCUGGGUCAAGUCGACCAUCAUCGGAUGGAACAGCUCCGUGGGCAAGUGGGCGCGCCUGGAAAAUGUGACCGUCCUCGGUGACGAUGUCACCAUCGCCGAUGAGGUCUAUGUCAAUGGUGGUUCCAUCUUACCCCACAAGAGUAUCAAGCAAAAUGUCGAUGUCCCUGCGAUCAUCAUGUAAUCACCUUUCUACGACCAUCCUCCGCCCCUCCUCCUUUUUUCUUUCCCACCACCCCCACGUUGGACCGUCGGAUGCACAAAAGGGCGCUGUUUCCUCGCCUUCCCCUGACAUAAGUACCUGUCAUGGGGAUCAUCGAAAUCGACGACAAGAACGAGUCCGACAUUCUUCUCCAUUCGAAACUCACCGCGUUCGAACAUCAACCCCCCCCCCCCCUCUCUCUCUUCCUACAUUCGUCCUUACCCGGCGUCAUCCCCACGCGCCAGCCUUGAUGGUGGUGUAUAACUGAGGGGGUAGCCGUGGUUAUCCUAUUUAUUUGACCCGUUUACAGCAAUUCUAAUUUUGCCCCCUUAUUCUGUUGACGUUCUUGUUUUUUUUUUUUUUCUCAAUUCACCCCCUGUGUUUCCCCCCCGGGAUCGGAAUCCUGCCGCGCAGUCAGUCCAACCGUCCAAAGUUUGAAACCCAACUGUUUGUCUUCGACUAUAGUCUUUGCCUUCUCCUCGAUUCAUCUUGGAAUGAAUGAAUGAAUGGGUGGAAUAAGAGGCGUCUAAUACCAAAGAAAGAAAGAAAGAAAGAGUACACGGUAUAUCCUAUCCGGGUAUUGUAUUGGGUGUGGGGAUGCUCUUUUUGCUUAGUCUUAUUCUAAUGAUGUAUGCGGACAUGGGGUUUCAGGAUUGGAAUUGUAUAUAUGACAAACAGACAGACAGACAGGAAUUCAGAUCAAUGAGUUAG